UACAAAUGUUAAUUUAUGUCAAUUUGCCAAAGGAGAUUAUUAUUCUUAAAAAAAUAAGAAUAUUUUCAUAAAUUCCCAGAUGUCAUUUUAUUUUUUCUUUCAAAAUAGAAAUUUUAAAAAAUUACACUGAGUUUAUAAACUGACCUUAAAUAUGGCUUAUGAUUUUGAAAACCUAUACCAUACUCAAAUACCUAGUGAACCUCUAAGAGAAUCCUUAAAUUCAAAUGAUCCUUAUAUACACAUAUGGAUGGCAGGAUAUUUUAUUCAAAUUGCGCUGAUUAUUUUUUUCAACUAUUUACUCAUUCACUUGAUUCUGUUUCACUCGAACAAAAUAAAACCAUUUAUGUGUUUUAACUUCUAUAAAAAAUCAAAUAGAAGGAAUAGUGGUAAUAAACUCCUAAAGAACUCAUCCAUAACCACUCAAAAAAGUGAUAAUAGUUCACCAUCUAGUUUUCAAUAUGGAACUAAUAUUCAAGGAAGGAAGCGCGGUAUUAAGAAAACUAGAAUAAAUUUGCUAAUAGCUUGGCUCUCCUUUACUGAUAUGCUUCUAGCAUUAAUAUGUCUACCUUUAUAUUUACAUUAUGAAUAUUUUGCUAAUUCAUUCUCUAAUUCAUUAGGACCAGAAGGUACCGACUUGAAUGCUAGUGUUAAAAACAUGCCUAAUUCAACUAUGAAUAUCGAUAUGAAUCGCAAUGUUUCAGUUAUCACGAAACUUCAUAUUACAAAUUUAAGCUUGAUUGAUUCCCAUAAUUAUAUUUCUUACCCACACGAAAAAUCUAAAGUUGAACCUCCUUGUUCAGCAUUAAUAGCCUUUUAUUUUUUUAAUAAUUUUUCAGGUUUUAACAACUCCUUGAUUACUGCUUACAUAGCUUUUGAUAGAUUCCGGGCUAUACAUAGAACUCUAAAAUUUAAAAGAGUGGCAAUGCCUUCUCCAACCGUCUCCAUUAAUUCGGAAAAUAUUGGAGAAUGGUAUUUUCCUAACAUAAACCUAACAAAAAUAUAUUUAAAUUAUAUCAAAAAAUUAAUUUUCAUCCUUUGGCCACAAAUAUUAAUUUCGAGUGUGUGCUCUCUUAUGUCAUUACCACUUGUUUUAUUACUUUUUCAAAACAAAUGUAUUUUAAAUAAUACCCAAGAACGAUGUUAUUUACUGUAUUCGACCAUUUCAGGCUUAAUUAUACCCUUGAUUGUUACAUGCGGAUUUUAUGCAAGAAUGAUAAUGUUAUUAUCAGCAUACAAAUUUAAUUCCAAAUCUAAAGAUCAAAAAAAUCAUAGACCUGAUAUAUGUAAUCAUUUUAACCUAGUUAAUAAACGUUUUAAUAUCUUAUAUUGGGCUCCUGCCGUUGCAGAGUCAAUAGAUGUCAAGCAAUCUAAGAAUGUCACUGAGAAUUAUGACUUAAAAGGAAUUAAUGUCCCAGAAAAUAACAAAAAUAGAGAUGUUAAAGAGAUGUUACAACCCCUAUGUAAUAAAAUAGAUGGUUGUACCAGUCUUAAACAUGAUGAGAAUAACAAACAUACCAGGAAAGACGAUUAUGUUAAGAUAUCAAAUGUACCUAAUCAAGAUAAUUUAAUAGGCAAAUUGAAACGAGGUUUUCAUAAUUCUUCUAAAUCCCAAAAUAACAAGAUAAAGGCCAUACGUAUGACCUUGGCACUUAUCUUAACGAGAACAGUUUUAUCAACACCUUUGAUAUCUUUUCAGAUAUUGGAAAUUGCUGGUUACAUUAAGAUAAAUGAUUAUUAUUUUCGCGUUGAAAUACUAAGAAAUGCUAUGAAUAUAUUCUGUUUGACAGAUCGGUGGCUCAACGUAGUAAUCAUCCUAAUGUUUUGCAAUAAUUACAGGUUGCAACUUAAGAGAAUGUUUUGUUAAUGAUGAAUUCAUAGAACCAAUUAAAAUUCUUUGGAAAUAUAUAUAAAUUUAUAAAAGGAAUGCCAUCAAAAGUACACCCAUCUCAUAAAAACCCAAUUUUAAUUUAGAACAUGCUGAUUCCGUUGUAUCCCAAUUAUUUAUUCAAAGUUGUACUGGUCGUAUAUGAGAUUUAUCGUUUAUUUAUACAUGGAUCAACAAUUUUAUAAUAGAACCUUAUUUAUAUGUAAUAAAAUCCUACUUUGUAAA